CUCGUCAAGCUCCGUGGAAGAAAUCCAGAUCAUCCUUAACUAAAUUUGAAACUACUUUCAGAUCUACAAAGACAAUGGAGAAAGGAGACGGGGUGAAGCUGAUCGGGUUCUGGACGAGUCCCUAUGUGGCGAGAGUGAUGAUUGCUCUCAACCUGAAGGGGAUCGAAUACGAGUUCCUCCCAGAGGAUUUGUUGAACAAAAGCGAGCUUCUUCUCAAGUACAAUCCAGUUUACAAGAAGGUACCCGUUCUCAUCCAUGGAGAUAAGCCCGUCUGCGAGUCCCUUAUCAUUUUGCAGUAUAUUGAUCAAGUCUGGGCUUCUUCUGGCCCUUCCAUCCUCUCUGCCGACCCCCAUGAGCGCGCCUUCGCUCGCUUCUGGGCUGCCUUCGUUGACGACAAGGUGAUUCCUCAGAUUCGAGCGUUGAUCUUUGGUGUGGAUGAGAAGAAGGCGGAAGCGACGGAGCUACUGUUCGCCGCACUGCUGCAGUUAGAAGAGACUUUCGUUAAGUGCAGUAAGGGGAAGAGCUUCUUCGGCGGCGACACCAUUAACUUGGUGGACAUCACCCUCGGUUCCUGCCUUAGUUUGCUGAAAGCUAUCGAAAUCAUAACGGGAAUAAACAUUCUGGAUAAGACGAAGACUCCUCGGUUAGUUGAAUGGACGGAAGGCUUCUGUUCCGACGAAGCAGUCAAGGAGGUGCUGCCGGAAGCUAAAAAACUGGUGGAGUACAGCGAAGCUCUUUUGGCCCUUCGUCGUGCUGCUUCAGCUCCUCCAUCCAAAUGAUUUUUCUUUUGAUUUGUUCUUUGCUGUUAGUUUAAUCUUUCUAUUCAAGAGAAGCGUGCAUGAUAUGAUAGCUCCUCAUAAAUAUGUUUUGAUCUUGCGCAUUAUUGGCUGUUUAUUGUAUUACUUAUGAUAAUGCAC